AUGUGCGGCCUCACGCGGAUCGUACAUGCACAAUCGCUUGUUUACCGGCGACACGAGGUGUAGAAGAACUUGUAUCAGUUGAAUUUCGCGAUGAAUGAAGUUAGGAUGUUGCCGAUCGUAAUGCGUAGGCUGUUUAGCCGCAAAGCAGCGAAGCCAACGAGGUCAAGAAAGCCAGAGAUGUCUUCUGAGCUAAAGGAGCCUUCGCUCGCCGGUAUUCGUGGGAAGCUACGAUUAAUUGAGGAAGAGGAUAUGGAGAUUUUCGAUGCCGAGGACAUGAGCGAAUUCGAGUCAGAUUUCAUGAAUGUCAGCGAGAGUCACAGGAUGCACGAGAGGGAAAUGUGGCAAAACAAGGAGCGUCUGAAGCAACAGAUCACAGCCCAAAAGUAUUUCAAGGAAAAAGAGCCACGUUUUCUGACAUUUGCGGAGACAAAUCUAAUUCGCAAGUUGCAUGAAACUGAUCCAGAAGAAUGGACGAUAGAGAGACUCAGCGAGAGUUUUCCAGCUCUACCAGAAACUGUACAAAAGAUUUUGAAGGCCAAAUGGGCGCCUAAGUCGGUAGAUAGGGUCAUUCAGUACGACAAUGCGGUGGUCGACAAUUGGAAGAAGUUUCAAACUGGAAAAUUACCGGUGAGUCCUAUGCUUGGCAAACAUCUAGCAAAGUUCAAGAACAGAAAGAUUAUCCUGACGGACAGGGAGUCGCUGGCAAAACAAUUUGUUACACCCAAGCCGGAAUUCGCGAAACCAAAGAGUCAAUUAUUCUCGAACAUCGUACAAUCUUGCUUGAACGAAAGACAGAGCGACGAAAGAUUAUUGCCACAAGGGGAUAAUUCAAAUGGAGCCUCGACUACCCCCGAGCAUUCUCAUCAAACUCACGAUUCUUCCAGUAUAAAUAUUAAAUCUGAUGAAUCCAGUUUUGCAGUUGAAGAUUCGGAGGAAUUCACGUCGAGUAAAAACCGGAAUCUUGCGUUACUAUCGCAAGCAGAUUCAAAGAAAUAUGAUUUAACGCUGUCUAAUCGGAAAAAGGAGACGAAGCACGAUGACGCACUCCCGUUUAACGAAUUCGUGAAAGCAAAGCUGGAGGAUAUAUACAAGGAGUGUCCACAGGAAGGUAUGGUUCUGCUGGAUGUGUAUAAAAAACAGCUGAGAGCUGCAACUGAUGCAGCGGAAGUUAGUGCGGAAGAGACCACCGAGUCGAAACUUGUACGGAAGUCUGACAAAAGCGAGCGUGCAGUUUCUAAACGUGAGAGUAAGGCGUUGGAUUUCACAUCAACUAAGGAGGACGCGGUGGAUACAUACGUGAAAGCAUGGAACAAAAAGGCAGACACGCAAUUGGAGUACGCCAAGCCAAUAAAGAUCGCGAAGCACCUGCACAAACCUGGCAUGACGUACCGGAUCAACGAUUGCUAUUACGAUGACGACGGGGAGUUCCUGUAUCGCGUCCCGGGUGUACGAAGCUAAUUGCGACAGUUAUUCCGUCAUUCGUGUACAUAGUUAACUAAAAUAUGUAAAUAUGCAUAUAACUAUGUAAUAAAUGUUUUGCAUCAUUGUUUUGUCUAAUA